AUGGCUUGCUUCAAACUUAAUCUCCUACUUCUUGCAUCUCUCUGUGCUUUCCUUUUCCUUUCCAACCCAACACACUGUAGUGACAAAGUGGACAGUGUAUCGAAGGGAAUCAACAGCUACAGAGAGACAAAGAAUGUUGCACCACUGAACAAAAAUGACAAGGCAAGUUGUUUAGCUGAUGAAGUUGCUGAAGAAAUACAAGACACACCAUGUGAAAAAGUGAAUCAAUACUACCCAACUUCUGGUCCUGGUGGAAACCAAAGAAUUCCCAAUUUGCAAAGACAUAUAGAUAAAUGUGAUAUUAACAUGAACACUACAACAGAUGGAGUCAUUCUACCUGUUUGUGUGCCUAAAUUGGAACCAACUGUUGUGCUAUCUAAUUACACUCAUAAUGAUAUCUAUGCAAAGUUUCUCAACAAUUCAAAGUACACUGGAGUUGGACUUAAUUCUGAGGAUGAUUGGAUGGUUCUUGUUCUUACUACUACUACACCUACUGGAACUUUCUCUGCAGCAACUUCUCUUCAUGCUAAUCUUGUUUCGAUGGCUUUCUUGUUUGUGGUGAUUCUCAUCAUCAACUCCAAACCUUGA